UGACGAGCAGCUAUAAAGCCAUGCUUAGUAACUUAGUACCUAUCCCCUUUUGUUAUUCAGUAACUGAAUAACUGUAUGCGACGGAUUCUUAGAUGUAAAAUGUUUUUGCACAGGAUUUACAUUGAUUUAUAUACACAUGAUGUAUAUAAAACACAUAAAUCAGACUGAUCGGCUCUGUCAGAGUGAUCCGCGUCAGCUGCCCCGCCUGGCCACACGGCUCAGCUCUCGACUCCCGAUGAGCGUCAAGCUAUCAAGGCAACGCACGGUGAGCUGUCUAGCAGCUGCACUCUUUGGCCGGCUCUGGUGCUCCCAAACCUUACUACAUCCCAUGGCGAAGGAUCAGGAUAGUCCCAAGCCCAGAGCAGCAUUGCUUCUCAUUGAUAUGCAGAAGGCGUUCACCACUGGAAGCUGGGCAUCCUACUUCGGCGGCCGCAAGGAAGUCACAGACAUUGAAAGGGCUUGUGAAGAAGCAGCGAUACUCUUGAAGUCAGGGCGACUGCCAUCCGAAACUCCUAUUCUAUGCACCAAGUGUUAUCUCGAUCGUGCUCAAGACGAGCCCUACUUGGAGAUUUUGGAGCCACUCUUGAGGAAACGCCCGUGUAUUCACAAGCCGACCAUGGAUGUGACCUACAAUCCAGCCUUCUUUCAAUGGCUGCAUGAGCAGGUAGAGAAAGGCAUCAGCGUUCUUGUGAUUGGUGGCUGUACCACAACAUCAUGUGUGAGAGUCAGUUCAACUGAAAUUGUUGGCCAGCUUGAAGAACAAGGAUUGACUGGGAAGCUUCGUGUUGUCGUGGAUUUGAAGCUUUGUGGUGCGCGCACGGAGAACUUCCAGCCCACCGCCGAGGCGGCGCCCGUUUUGGUACAGAUCUACGGCCGCGAGUUGUGUCGGGGGAAGUCGGCGGUGGAUUUGGCCGUGGUGCAAAUGAAGCGAGCUGGUGUGGAAGUCCUGGAAGGCUGGGACUGGUGACGGCCAGACAUCUCUGUGACUCAUCAUGUGACUCAUGAUGACUGCUUCCAGACAUCGAAAGCGGGUGACAGCCUCCAGCCAUGGCCAGCAGUCGGUGAUGCAGUCGAUCCUCGUCCUACUUGAAGGCUCCAAGCCGUAGAAGUGACUCAUGCAGCGCCCGCGAGCCUGCGCCGAUCCACAGCCCAAAUCCAUUUCGCAUGACUGGCCGCCAGUCCAUCGGUGGAUUGGGCCUGGACUGGCACUCUGGCAGCCUGCUGACGAGAUUUACGGGGAUGGAUAUGAUGGAUUUGGACAUUGUGUGGCAGCAAAAGGCGCCUUUGGAGUAUGUUUACCCUGCGCAUGCACC